UCCUCCCGAUGUUUGAACGGUACUGUCAGAAAAGGAGAAGCAGUUGUCAAAUGGCUAAAGUAGAGCUGACGCCGCUCAGACCCUGGGACGACUUCUUCCCCGGCUCGGAAAGAUUCUCUAAACCAGAUGUUAAAGAUCUGGCGAGAUGGAACAACAGAGUCGUCAGUAACCUGCUCUAUUAUCAGACAAAUUACUUGACUUUGGCCGUCGUUGUUUUCCUCAUUGUCGGGUUCAUGAACCCUAUGGGGAUGUUCACAGCCAUGGCUGUGGUUUCAGGCAUAUUCGUGGGAUCUGUGUGGGCUGGAGAGAACAGAGCUGUGAUAAACAACUUCAAGAGGCAGAAUCCCUCAGCAUUUGUGAUUGCUGUUAUGGUGGCCAGCUACAUCAUCAUUUCUAUACUUGGGAGUGUAAUGGUGUUUAUGACUGCAAUCACUUUACCUCUGGCUAUGAUCUUUGCACAUGCUUCAUUUCGCCUCCGCAACAUGAAAAACAAACUGGAGAACAAGAUCGAAGGAGCUGGACUGAAGAGAUCACCCAUGGGCAUUUUGCUGGAGGCUCUUGGUCAGCAAGAGGAGAACAUUCAAAAGAUUCAGAGCUUUCUGGAGGGAAAACAGAAGGAGUGACUCGAGACGGAAAGGAGCACAGACACAUAUACGUUUUUUUUGGUUUUUUUUUUUACCAAAGACUCUUGAAUUUUCUCUUGGAUGUAGCACAAUUCUGAAUCUCUCCGUCUAACUCUUGUAUCAGAUACAGCAUAUUCACGUCUGUGUGUUUAGGAAGGAAAACUCGUAAUCAAAAGGGCUUUAUUUUUACCUCGGGGUAUCUGUCACUCCACCCAGAACUUGUCGGGGCACUUUUUAAAGUUGUGAUAAGAGCAUCUGAACACUCCCUCACAGCUCUGCUAUGCAAUUUGUUCCUGUGCAACCUAUUUACAGUCAAUGUGUGCAACAAAGCUGCAGAUGUCAACUUUGGUAUGAAAUGUGUGCUUUAUAACAAAGAACAAGAAGUGCAAACUCAACACACGUCACUGCCAAUGUAUUUUUGAAGGUUUGGUUGUUUCAAUUUUGGGAAUAAUGUAACCUCCCAUAUAAUUUAACUGUUAAAUUAGCUAUGCAUUUGAAUAAAAACCAAACAACCUCAUGAUAAUAAAAAUAAAAAGAGCAGGUCAAAAUG